GGCAUCGGUUAUUAGUCGCAUACACAUGACAUACCCUGGCCCGUAAACAUACAUAAGUCCAAUCUUCGAGGAGAGGGUUCCCAAUAUCUAUGUUACCCUAGGAGUAAUCGUCAAUGGUUAACGACAUUCUCAUAAAAGUGAUCUAAUUUGUUUAUCCUUUGUGGGAUUUUCCUCCUAAAACCUUCACCAUAAAUAGCUUCUCCCUUGGCUUUCUUCAUCAGAAUUUCAUAAGCUAUCGAAGUGUCCACAGUGUUUUAUUGAAAUUUGUGAUUAAUUAUUAAAUCGUGAAAAUGCGUGCAUUGAAAAUUAUGUUGAAAGUAUGCCACCGUGAAAAAUUGAAAUAUAUUUCGAUUCCAGCUAAAGCAUCUUUGUCGAAACUCUUAAGAAAAAUUCGAAGGAAAUUCAAAGUGAGUAACAAAUACAACUUGGAUCUACGCACUGACUAUGGAGCAACAUUUACGGAGGAGUUUUACCGAGAGUUUGUUGAUACGUUCCCGGCAAGUAACCGUAUCUUACACCUCGAAGCGAAUGUCCCAAAGGAAGUUAAAUCAAAUCCCAUUCAACAUAUUGAAAAUCCGCGGAAAAGGAAGCGGGAGGACGACGUAACCUCUAAUACUGAGAGUGAAUAUACCCCGCCUCGUUUCACGGAAGCAGAUAUAGCGAAACGCACAAAAGAUAUGUGGGCAGCUCCCCUGAUGAGGCAAAAUUGUUUUAUAGGUAAAAUGCCAGAGGGUAAAUGCAGUUAUUCCAAGAGAUUUACAACUUACAGAAGUUCACGGAUUUUCAGUGUUAAAAAUCCAGGUCAACUUAAUCCUAGGUGCGUUUUUGGCAGUCAAAUCAAGAUCAUAAUCAGUUGGCUUAAAUACUACAGUGAAAUACCCUUCGGGAAAAUUUGCUUUUUGUUGGCCAUAAGUUUGUGCAUUUGUAAGUCUUACAAUUCUGAGUUAUUGUUAUUCUGAGUUUAGCGAAGGCCAAUAGUUUUAAGGCAACUCAAAUAUGAAAUGGUUCGUUAG